AUGUCGGCCAACCAGCAACUCCAGCCUGCGACCAGGCUGUCGACCUUUCCCCGAUUUAGCUCUCUACCUACCGAGCUCCAACUGGACAUCUGGGAGAAGGCAAUGCCUGAACCCCAGGCUGGGUACAUUCUUCUCUCCGGUUCCGUUCAAAUCCUCCAGGCGCCGCCAGCAAUAGCACACGUGUGUAAAGCGUCUCGCGACAUCGCUCUGAAGUCGGGAAGAGUGUAUGAACUUGAGGAUGGGAGGAGGACUUGGUUCAACAAGGAGACUGACUUCUUCCUUUGGGGCGGCCACAACCUUGGUUUGGGAGAGCUUGCGCCAGCCAUCCAAAACAUCGUAAUUCCCCGCCACAUGCUCGACGACUUUUCCGAGGCUUGCGAAGCUUUCGAGAUGCUCCUCACCGAUUCCGAAUUAAGCGGUCUCCGAAACAUCUUUGUGAACUUGGAGGACAAAUUCACCCUUGUCAAUGAGCAGUGGGAUCCUCAAGUCAACUCCGAGUUGUUCCAGUCCGAAUCCAACACAGCCAUCGUUCCAGAUCUCAACCUAUAUAACGACAGCAUGGAUCGUAUUGAUCGUAUCGCCUCCAUGCUCCCACAAAGUGUUGCUAAUUACUGGAGGCAGCAUAACGAGAUCGCCUUCAAUGAUAAUGACGAUCAUUGGUGGGUCGUGCUCGGUGGACAGGUCAUGUUCGCAUACCUUUCAACCGUAGCUCGGCUAUGCGUGGAAAUCAGCGACGAAGAGUAUGACGAAUUCGAGGCUGGAACCUUGAUGCACCCAAGUGGCGACAUCUCAUGGUGGGACUUCUUGUUUGAAAGGGCUCCCAAUGUCUUGCCGACUCAACUCUUCGCGAGAAUCACGGAACGCGAGAGAGUUGGUGGAUUCAUUGAGGAGGGAGAUGACUUGUUAUCAGGCAUGCUUUAGAGAGUGAAGCAAAAUAUCCAUCGUACAGAGAGUGUGUUUAUCUAGGGGUCCUCGAUACCUUUAUUCAAGGAGCGUACCUAACGGGCAAGCGGGGUUUGCUGCAACGGUUGCAAAUACGUCUCAACGCCUGGAAUUUUUUGAAGGCUUGAAAUCAAUUCUACGGUUUCCUUAUAUUCAAU